AUGUCACUUGAUCCAUUCUUUGUGAUAGCUCGCUCACCAUUUGCGCAUGCUCAAUUAAAAAAACUUGUCUACAUUACAUUAAUUUAUUUGACUAUUAUAUUAUUAGAAAUCUUUGAGUAA